AUGAAGCUCACUGCUAUCGUCUCUACUGUCCUCUGCCUGGGCGCAGCUCACCUGGUCGCUGCUGACCAGACCUCGACCCUGACCACCACCGUCACCAAGACUCUGGUCCGCGUCAACGCUGUCACUCCUACUGCAGCACCUACCUCGUCCGUUCCGCUCAUCCACACGAGCACCCCCGUCGCCAGCAGCACUCUGGUCCCUAGCACCUCCGCUGCCACCUCCACCGCUGCUCCCUCCGACGAGCCCGUCCACACCGGUGCGGCCGCCAGCUUCGGAGGCAACAUGCCCGUCGCUCUGGCCGGUGGUGCCGUCGCUCUCCUCUUCGGCGCUCUCUAA